GCGGCGAACGGUGGAUGGCGCUUGGCGCUAUUUUACUAUCUCGAACUGCAAACCAGCAGUAUUAGAAGGCCGCUACGGUCGGAAAGCGGUCUAUCGCGCGAAACGAUUUCAACACGAUCAGUAAUCAGGAAUUUCCUGAAAACUUAACAAACGUUGCUCAAGAAAAACUAAACGCAUUUCACUAAAUUUUCGGCGACACCAAAACUUUUUUCGCCCAAACUUUUUUUUGAUAGCCGGCCAAAUUGAAAAGUCGUGCGACAUGUGUUAUCGCGUUACAAACGGAGUGAUAUCUCUUCAGUCGGUUAAUGUAAUUUUGACAGUUCAAUGAAAAUAUUUACGUGACGUGACUUGGAAAACUUGUUGCUUUUUUGCGAAGUGAAAAAUUACUAUGAAAAUACAAAAUUAAUCGGCAACUAAUGGAAUAAUCAAUUAAUCCAAGUGUAAAACAAGUCGUGCUUCCUAAAAACUUGCUGAAAAGCGGAUGAUAAUACAAAAAAGAUGUACAACCCCAAAACAUGAAAUCGAACGAUCACAACACAAAAACAAGAAAUCCUAUCGUAGUCAUGUAACUUUUGAAAUCAUAGUGAUAGUGGCCAGUAGUAUUUUUUAAUUUUAUUCGUAAUAAUGUAAACUUAAUGUAGUUUGUGUAAGGCCAGUACUAGAUUAUAAAUAUUUUUUAUACAUUAUUGUGUGACGGAGGAACGGAUGCCUUUCUUGGACGGAUUAUGGUGUUUUCUUUUUACAAAAGAGGCUGAUGCUGAGAAUCGGUCAAAAGGCGCUUAAUGGUUUACAUGGAUGAAAGGGAGGGCGCGGGGCGCCGGGAUUGCGCCGUGCUGCCCACCACAAUGGAGGCUUGCGUGCCUCCAAUCCAGUUGGAGCCGGUGGACCUCAGCCUGAAGAGGAGGUCGCCCACACCCCGUCGAAGGACCAGAUUUGUCGGUUCUGCCAUUCCCACUUCAUCCAAGCUGAGCAAAGAUGUCGACCACAGAUCUACACUGUUAUUCGAAGCAAACCGCCAAGUACCCAAAAUCAAAGUCGGACCUGAUCUCAGAAGCGCUAGAAAACCGAAACAACAAACUAAUAUCCUAAAACCACCACCAGCCCAGAUCUCAGAGCAAGCGCCGCAAAUGCACCAAACGUCACAGCUGUCAAAGCCGCCAUUUUUCCCGCCAUUACCGUUCGCGCUCCCGCCAAAACCGACAUCUGACGUUGAAAUCAAGAACUUUCUUCUCAACACAGCGCUGCAGAAUGCGUUGACGGGUUCGUUGAACCAACUGACGCAACGGAAAGCGUUUACGAAGACAGUUAAAGACACAGAGGCAGCUGUGAAUGAUGAUGGGCAGAAUCGGAGGAGACUGCACAAGUGUGAUGUAGUGGGGUGUCAUAAGGUGUACACGAAGAGUUCACAUUUGAAGGCACAUAAACGGACACAUACUGGCGAGAAGCCAUACUCCUGCGGUUGGGCAGGUUGCUCGUGGCGCUUCGCCCGCUCCGACGAGUUGACCCGCCACACUCGGAAGCACACCGGCCACCGGCCAUUUACGUGUGCGCUGUGCAGACGAUCGUUUGCUAGGUCUGACCACCUGGGGCUGCAUAUGAGGAGGCACUAGAGAAGACCCCAAAAGACACUAGGCAAGAAACCCAAGACCCAUGAGGAGACCCAAGAAUUAACACCAGACCUAUAAGGCGACUAGAGAGCAGGUUAGAUGUAAUAUAGCGUGUCAGAUGGAAUAUAGCGUGUCAGAUAUUAGGAGGCACCAGAGAAGAAGCCUGCAGCCAAGACACUAAGCAACAAGCCUACACCCAAGGAGAAACGAUUGAGAGCAGGUUUGACUUAAUAUAGUGUGCCAGAUGGAAUAUAAUGUGUCAGAUGUAAAAAUAUAAACAGUUAAAGGAAGAUACUUAGUACUUUGAGUAACUUAAAAGGUUCACUGAGUAACUUAAAAGGUCCCUGAGCAACUUAAAAACACCAUACCUUUUACUUGCCCCCCGUUCUGAUGAUUUUUUGCUAGAUAUCCUUUGCUACUUAAGAUAGAUGUAGUUAAUUAAAGACACUAGGAGGCACUAAGCGAGGGACAUACUAGGCAGACACUAAAGUAGAUCCCUACAGUCAUGACACUAAGCAAGAAGUCCAAGACCCAUGAGGAUACCCUAAGAAAGAAGCCUACACCCAAGGAGUAACAAUUAGACCUAAUAUAGUGUGCCAGAUGGAAUAUAGUGUGUCAGAUGUAAAAAUAUAAACAGUAACAUGAAGAUACUAAGCCCCAUAAAAAGUCCUCUCAGAUGUAAUAUUGCGUUCCAGAUGAAAUAUACAUAAACAGGCUAGAUGUAAAAUUAACAGCGUAGAUGUGAUGUAAACAUAAAAAUACUGAACCUAUCACUUGCUCCACCAGAAAAAGGGCUAUUCUUAUCCUGACUCGAUCUUAUGGGUGGGGGUCUUUAGUUAGGGCAUAUAAAACAAAAAUCUUAAGCACUCUACAUAAAAUCAUUUACGAAGGCAGUUAAACUAAUUAUACUUACAGGUCUCGCGUGUACAGGUCUACUGUGUGAAUAAUAUACAGGGAAUGUGUGUAUAUUCCUUGAAAUAAAAACCCAAUGGGACUCGUUAAAAUACAGAAAUGAAAAUAAAUGAGUUCCUGAAACAUUAUAAUAUCAGGUUAUUAUAACUUUUUAAAGGUUUUUAAACUAUAAUUUUCAAUAAAAAGGUGUGGAUUUUUCACUUAAUUCAUUACCAGGAAAGAGCUUGGGUAUUAUAAUAAUGACGUAAUAUUUUUAUAUGACAGUAUUACAUUUAGAAAAGAAGUUAAAUGCAAAUUGAAAUGUUUCUAUGGAAAUGUUAUACAAGGUGUUUUAUACGCUCAAUUUUUUAGAAGAAAGAGCUAGGUGUAAUACGUGACAGUAUGUAAUUUGUAAUAUGUGAC